AUGCGUCAGGGGGGAAUCGAACCCCCGUCGAUUGCUUGGAAGGCAACCAUGCUGACCAUUACACCACUGACGCCCGUGAUGCCGACCUAUUUCGCUUAUAAAUUGCACAAAUUAAACUACCAGUGGGAUCAAUUGGAAUUGUCAAAAAGAAAGCGAAAUUACAAUAUAAUGUCGAAAUAA